ACUGGUCCCCCACAAUCUGGCAACCCUGUUCUCAGCAGGCAGAGAAGCGACAAACGUUGAAAUUUUCGUGAUAAUUUAGAUUUAUACGAAAACAUACAAAAUGAUGAACGCCGUGUCGCGUGCUUACGUCAGAGGCGGAGCCCAGGCCCUCUCCUCGGGAUUGAAGGCGAGCGCAGUGGCCGUCAACUCGAUGGCCAACCGCCAGGCACACACCGACCUGCAGGUGCCCGACUUCUCGCCAUACCGCCGGGAAUCCGUCAAGGACAGCCGUCGCCGCAACGAGACCGCCGAGGAGCGCAAGGCCUUCUCCUACCUGCUGGUCGGUGCCGGAGCCGUGGGUGGUGCCUAUGCGGCCAAGGGUCUGGUCAACACCUUCAUUGGAUCCAUGAGCGCUUCCGCUGAGGUGCUGGCCAUGGCCAAAAUCGAGAUCAAGCUGGCCGACAUCCCAGAGGGCAAGUCGGUGACAUUCAAGUGGCGCGGAAAGCCGCUGUUCAUCCGUCAUCGUACCGCCGCGGAAAUCGAGACCGAGCGAGGAGUGGCCACAUCCACGCUGCGCGAUCCGGAAACUGAUGAUCAACGCGUGAUCAAGCCCGAAUGGCUGGUGGUCAUCGGAGUGUGCACGCAUCUGGGUUGUGUGCCCAUUGCGAACGCCGGUGACUGGGGCGGUUACUAUUGCCCCUGCCACGGCUCCCACUACGACGCCUCUGGAAGAAUCCGCAAGGGACCUGCGCCCCUCAACUUGGAGGUGCCCACCCAUGAAUUCCCCAACGAGGGCCUCCUGAUUGUCGGCUAGAGGAGCAACAUACGUAGCGCUGUUAUCGUUUAAGCCCCAACUACAUAGUGAAUGGAUCGAUGUAAAUUAAUAAAAACAACCAAACAAAACGGCCGAGCAUAAAA